GUGUGCAAAAGCUUGUGAUAUAGGUUGAGCUAAUGCAGGUCGAGAAUUGCAUCUCGCUGGCGAGUGAUCUAUCCAAGAAAUUUAUGAAUGUGGGCAGUGGUUUUUCGAGCUCCAACGGAUCAGAGCUUUCGUUACAGGACCAUCCUAUUAUAUCUGCAAGUGACAACCUGGAGAGAAGUUCACCUCUGAAAAAAAACUCCAGGGAGAUGACGAAUCAGUCAGAGGCAGACAAUUUUCCCGACUCCAAGGACGCAUCAGGGGACGUCCAGAGGGGCAAACUCUCUCCUGAUCUUCACGGAGUCUCUGACAUCCGUCAUAAUUUCGAUGGAUCUGCAGGAGAAAGGUGCAUCUUUUCUCCGUCUACCCAGCCGCAGUCAGUCUCAUCAGCUUCCAGUGCCAUGUUUCCUUACCCGAGCCAGCAUGGACCAGCGCACCCGGCUUUUUCUAUCGGAAGUCCCAGCCGUUAUAUGGCACAUCAUCCAGUUAUAACUAAUGGAGCUUAUAACAGCCUUUUAACCAACACCUCUCCUCAAGGCUACCCGGCAGCAGGUUACCCUUACGCGCAACAAUAUGGACACACAUACCAAGGAGGAGCUUUCUACCAGUUCUCCUCGGCGCAAGCAGGACUGGUUCCGGGGAAAGCGCAGGUUUACCUGUGCAACAGGGCCCUGUGGCUGAAGUUUCACAGACACCAAACAGAGAUGAUCAUCACAAAGCAAGGGCGACGAAUGUUUCCAUUUUUAAGCUUCAACAUUUCCGGCCUCGAUCCCACUGCUCAUUACAAUAUUUUCGUGGAUGUAAUUCUCGCUGAUCCAAAUCACUGGCGAUUUCAAGGAGGAAAGUGGGUGCCAUGUGGAAAAGCAGACACAAAUGUGAUAGUUGCAGGCAAUAGAGUUUACAUGCACCCGGACUCACCAAAUACUGGUGCGCACUGGAUGCGCCAAGAAAUAUCUUUUGGGAAACUAAAGCUCACAAACAACAAAGGCGCCUCCAACAACACAGGGCAGAUGGUGGUUCUCCAGUCUCUCCAUAAAUAUCAGCCCAGGCUCCAUGUGGUGGAAGUAAACGAGGAUGGGACAGAGGACACCAGCCAGCCAGGAAGGGUCCAGACUUUUACCUUCACAGAAACGCAAUUCAUCGCUGUGACAGCUUAUCAAAACACCGAUAUUACGCAACUGAAAAUCGACCACAAUCCCUUCGCAAAAGGAUUUCGGGAUAACUAUGACACUGUCUACACAGGUUGCGACAUUGACCGCCUAACUCCAUCACCGGGUGACUCUCCACGUUCACAGAUCGUGCCGGGUGCGAGAUAUGCCAUGCCUAGCUCUUUCCUGCAGGACCAGUUUGUCAGCACUUAUGCCAAAUCUCGCUUUCACCCUGGCAUGGGGACUGGUCCUGGCACGGAGCGCAGCGUCCCACUCGGCAACAGCUUGCUAUCCCCGCAGCAAACCGAAGAACCCACUGUUGCCACCCCCCCGCAGCGAUGGUUUGUCACCCCUGCCAACAACCGACUGGACUUUGCUGCCUCGGCAUACGACGCCGCCGAUUUCGCCGGUAACGCGGCCACCUUGCUGUCCUACGCAGCGGCCGGAGUAAAAGCUCUUCCCUUGCCGACGGCGGGCUGCUCCAACCGGCCUCUUGGCUAUUACGCAGACCCGUCUGGUUGGGGAGGACGCACGCCGCCGCAGUACUGUGGCGUAAAUAGCAAAUCCAGCUCGGUCUUUUCUUGCUGGCCCUCUAAUUCCAUUGGAAGCAGAGCAGGCACCAACUACCUGUCCGAGGAGGGAGACUCCAUCACCACAGAGAGGUCACCUAUCGGUGGCUCGGAGGAAACCAAACCCAAAGACAUGACAUCGGAGUCGAGCUGGAUAGAGACGCCAUCCUCUAUUAAAUCCAUUGAUUCGAGUGAUUCUGGUAUCUUUGAACAGGCCAAACGGAGAAGGAUCUCACCGUCUGCCACCCCGGUUCCAGAGACAGUGUCCCCGUUAAAAUCUGAGCUGCUGGCACCGAGGGAGUGCGAGAAAAAUUGCACAAAGGACAUUGUGGCUGGAGAGGAGGAUGGAUUCAGCGGAUCAAGGAGCUCAGGUAGAGCCGCUGCUGCAAGCGACAUAAAAGGGAGGCUCAUGCAUCCUGAGACUUUGGACGUUCCUUGGUGCUUUAAUAAUGAGAGGAAUGAUGAUGAGGCAGUACUGGACAGGGGAGGAACACGGUCACAACAGAGAGCCGACUUUGAGCAGGAAGAUUUUGAAGGCCACAGGACUCUCUAUAUUGGGGUCCAUGUCCCAUUGGGCAGCACCAGGCAUCGCAGCCAUCGUAGGCACCGUCACCAUGGAAACAAACACUGGAGGAGGAGCAGGGAGCGGAACCUCCCUUUGGUGGAGGGUAGAGAGUCUCCACUUUAUGACACUCCUUCCCAGAGGGUGCAGUUCUUGCUGGGGGCAGAAGAUGAUGAUGAGGAGCAUAUCCCUCAUGACCUCUUUACAGAGAUGGAUGAGAUCUGUCUAAAGGACGGAGAGGAUUCUGAGUGGAGAGAAAGUGCCAGGUGGCUGAAGUUUGAGGAGGAUGUGGAGGACGGAGGCGAGCGAUGGAGUAAACCUUAUGUGGCCACACUGUCCCUACACAGUCUGUUUGAACUACGCAGUUGCAUUAUCAACAGCACUGUGCUGCUCGAUAUGAGGGCUAACAGCAUUGAGGAGAUUGCAGACAUGGUUUUAGACCACCAGGAAUUAUACUCACCCCUGGGAGAUGUGCUCAGAAAGAAAGUGCGUGAAACCCUGCUAAAGCAGCACCAUCACCAGAACCACAAGAAGCUGGCUAAUCGCUUGCCUAUUGUACGCUCCAUUGCUGACAUGGGCCGAUGGACAUCAGAGCAUCAUCUGGACAAAAAUGGUCAGAUGUCGGCCUCCACAUCUCAGUUAGCGGGUCCAGAUGGCAAAGCUGAAGUCAGCAGAGAGAACAGCAAUGUGGACUUCAGCAAAAUAGACCUUCACUUCAUGAAGAAGAUUCCAGCAGGGGCAGAGGCGUGUAAUGUGUUAGUGGGAGAACUGGAAUUUUUGAACAAGCCUGUGGUGGCGUUUGUCCGCCUUUCUCCUGCAGUCCUGCUCAACGGGUUGGCUGAAGUCCCAAUUGCCACAAGGUUUCUCUUUAUUCUUUUAGGCCCCUUUGGAAGAGGGGCUCAGUAUCAUGAGAUUGGAAGGUCCAUUGCAACACUCAUGACAGAUGAGGUUUUCCAUGAUGUUGCUUAUAAAGCUAAAGACCGGAAUGAUCUGAUUGCUGGUAUCGAUGAAUUCCUUGAUCAAGUGACUGUCUUGCCCCCAGGAGAAUGGGAUCCAUCUAUACGGAUAGAGCCACCAAAAAAUGUACCUUCUCAGGAGAAAAGGAAGAAAAACAACAUUUUUCCAAAUGGACUAGUGGAGGGUGAAGAGGAAGAAGAACAUGGUGGACAUGGCGGUCCGGAACUGCAGCGUACUGGAAGGUGGUUUGGUGGUCUCUUUUUAGACAUCAAGCGCAAGGCCCCCCACUAUCUAUCUGACUACACUGAUGCUAUAAGUUUGCAGUGUGUUGCCUCCUUCUUAUUCCUCUACUGUGCCUGCAUGUCUCCUGUUAUCACGUUUGGAGGGCUUCUAGGCGAAGCAACAGAAGGACGAAUAAGUGCAAUUGAGUCGCUGUUUGGAGCCUCGCUGACUGGAAUAGUCUAUUCCCUGUUUGCUGGGCAGCCACUCACCAUUCUAGGAAGCACAGGCCCUGUGCUGGUGUUUGAAAAGAUAUUGUUCAAAUUCUGCAAGGAGUAUGGUCUGUCCUAUCUGUCCCUGAGAACUUGCAUUGGUCUUUGGACAGCUUUCCUCUGUAUUCUGCUGGUGGCCACAGAUGCCAGUUCCCUUGUUUGUUACAUCACACGUUUCACAGAGGAAGCGUUUGCCUCACUCAUCUGCAUCAUUUUUAUAUAUGAAGCCUUGGAGAAACUUUUUCACCUUGGAGAACACUAUCCAUUUAACAAAAACAACAACCUGGACAAACUCACCACAUACUCAUGUUCUUGUGUUGAACCAUCGGACCCUGCAAAUGGCACCCUGAAGUACUGGGAACUCAAUAACAUCACUGCAACAGAAAUUUACUGGGAGGCACUGGAGGUGAAGGACUGCAUUGAAAAGCAAGGCGAGUUUGUGGGCAGUGCCUGUGGCCCUCAUGGACCCUACGUUCCUGAUGUUCUCUUCUGGUGUGUCAUUCUCUUCUUCUCCACGGUCUUCAUGUCUGCAUUUCUCAAGGAGUUCAAGUUCAGCAAUUACUUUCCCACAAAGGUGAGGUCUGUCAUCAGUGACUUUGCUGUUUUCUUCACUAUUCUCACCAUGGUCUUGGUUGACUAUGCCCUAGGAAUCCCUUCUCCUAAACUAAAGGUUCCCAGUGUGUUUAAGCCAACCAGAGAUGAUCGAGGUUGGUUCAUCCAGCCGUUGGGGCCUAAUCCCUGGUGGACAGCAGUUAUAACAGUGAUCCCAGCUCUACUUUGUACCAUCCUCAUUUUCAUGGAUCAGCAGAUCACUGCUGUCAUCAUUAACAGGAAGGAACACAAACUCAAGAAAGGCUGUGGAUACCACCUUGACUUGUUCAUGGUUGGGGUGAUGCUGGGCGUCUGUUCUUUGAUGGGCUUGCCAUGGUUUGUAGCAGCCACUGUCCUCUCCAUCACCCAUGUCAACAGCCUGAAGCUGGAAUCAGAGUGCUCAGCUCCAGGGGAGCAGCCUAAAUUCCUGGGAAUCAGAGAGCAACGUGUCACGGGCCUCAUGAUCUUUACCCUCAUGGGCUCCUCUGUCUUUAUGACAUCAGUACUUAAGUUCAUUCCCAUGCCUGUUUUGUAUGGAGUAUUCCUUUAUAUGGGAGCAUCUUCUCUCAGAGGUAUUCAGUUCUUUGAUCGUCUCACAUUAUUUGGUAUGCCGGCUAAGCAUCAGCCGGACUUCAUCUACUUACGUCAUGUACCCCUGAGGAAGGUGCAUCUCUUUACCAUCAUCCAGCUGAGUUGCUUAGUUAUGCUGUGGGUAAUCAAGACCUCUAAGGCUGCAAUUGUAUUUCCUAUGAUGGUCUUGGCUCUGGUGUUCAUCAGAAAGUUAAUGGACUGUAUCUUUACCAAGAGAGAGCUUAGCUGGCUGGAUGAUCUCAUGCCAGAAAGCAAGAAAAAGAAGCUUGAAGAUGCUGACGAGGAGGAGGAACAAAGCAUACUCGCAGAAGAUGAAGGUGUAGUGCAAGUGCCAUUAGGGGGUUAUCAAGGAAUACCGGUCAUCAACAUCACAGAUGAGAUGUCAAAAGGCUCUUUUGGAAACACUUGGAAUGCAAGUGGUUAAAAGAAAAAAAAAGAGACAGAUUUAUUAAAUAUGUUGUAAGAUCUUUCACAUUGUUAUAAGCACAAAAAUGUCACUCAGAGCAUGUUGUUAGCUUUUGUUGACUGUGAUGAAAAUAAAAUUUAAAAGCCAUCUAUUGCACAUAACAUUUCAGCCUCUGUAUAAAGUAAAUGUAAACACAAAGCUAACAUUUUUUAAGCGAUCCACUUUCAGAUAUGACAAAAACAAUGAAGCCAUAAACAGCAGCUACUUUGUUUACCUUUGCACAACAGCUGGAUACAUGAGGGACGGCUGGA